UCAAAUGAAUUGGGAUUGAAUUCAACUCUUGAGGAAAUGAAUGAGAUUAUUCAGGCUUCCACCACUUGGUCAUCAUAAUGGAAGGGUUUAUUUCACUUCAGACCAUCUGGGGGAGAGGCGCAGAGUGUGAGAGGGACUAGCAGUUCUGAUUGAGGCACAGAUGUUUUGAGUUAAAGGUUUGCUCCCAAGAUUUGAGCAAGUAAUCUAGGCUGCUACUUCAGUGUGGCACUAGCAAAUUAUGCCCAGGAAGAAGCUGAGAACAAUUUUCAUUGAUUGCCCAUGCCUGCACAUGAUAUCAUUCAUAUGCCUAUCUAAGAGCCUCUUAAACACCUAUCAUACUUGCCUCCACUACCACCCCUACUGCUGCAUUCCAGGCACCCACACUUUGCCUUUAUAAUUAAAAAAAAAGCCUGUCCCAUACAUUACCUUGAACUUGCCCUCUCUCUCUCCUUAAAUGCAUCCCUUUAGUAUUUGAUUUUUCAGUGCCUGGGGAAAAGAUACCGGGUGCCUUCUCUAUCUUUGCCCCUCGCAAUCACAAUCUUGCACAUUUCUGUUAGGUCUCCCCUCAGCUUCCACUGCCGCGGAGAAAAAUCCCAAGUUUGUCCAGCCUCUCCUUAUAGCAUGUGCCCUCUAACCUAGCAUCCUGGUGAAUCUCUUCUGCAGCUUCUCCAAAAACGUCACAUCCUUCCUAGACUGGGGCAACCAGGAUUGAAUGUAAUAUUCUGGAUGCGGGCUAGCUGGAGUUUUAAGGCUAUAAUAUAACUUCCCGGCUCUUGAAGUGAAUGCCCUGACUAUGCGCCUUCUUUAGCACCCUAUCAACCUGGGUAGCCACUUUCAGGGAGCCUUGGACUUGCACCCCAACGUCACUCUCUGCAUCAGCACUGUUGCCAUUAACAGUAUGCCAUCCCUGUAUACCAUCAACAUAUACUCGCUGUUCUCUGUGGCAAUCUUUCACAAUAAUUGCUAACUGUCUCUUUAAGAGCAUUACAAUUAACACUUGGACCUUGCAAUAUAUAACUUUUUACAGUACUGUAGAGGUCUGUCUGCUCUGUACCAAUGAGGGUCAAACUUCCCAAUUAGCACCCACUACUUUCGCAAGCUUGUGAGUGUUUGUUUAUCAUUAUUCGAUUGUUAGAUCUAGUCUUUGCUGGCAAGUCCAAUGUUAGUUGCUCCUCAUUGACCUAGAUGUCAGUUAGGAACCAACCACAUCGCCAUGGAUUUGACCACAAUUUCCUAACAGAUGUCAGUAAUAACGGAUGGGGUUUUACAAUAACAUGGUCACAGCUACUGAUGCUAACACUCGGGCUUAAUUACUGGAAUUUUAAUACCUCCCCUCUUGCACUGGUAACUUGACUCUGUCUUUGGAUCUGAUCUCUGUGAUACCUCAUCCCCCGUGACUGGAGGAUCUGAGCUGGGUAUAACUUAGCAAUGCUGUAUCCUCCCAGCCUCUCACUUCAUCCUCCUACCCACCUUCCCCCUCAUUGGAUCUCACCUAUCACCCCCCUUGCUUCUUACUUCAUCCCUCUUUCCCCCAAACCGUCCACUUGGGCCCUCACCUGGCUUCACCUGUCAUCUGCCAGCUGGUACUCCUUCCCCUGCAACCCUCCCCCAGCCCUGAAAAAGGGUUUAGGCCCAAAACUUUGCGUGUUUAUUUCCCUGCAUAGAUGUCGUCUCACCUGCUGACAAUCCCGAGUUGUGUUUGUUGCUCUGGAUUUCCAGCAUCUGCAGAAGCUCUUGAUUCUUUGUUCCUUGUCCAAACAUAAUCUAAUUUUUUUUUUACAGUUUACUGGAAUUCAAAGGUUUCAAAGGUACAUUUAAUGUCAGAGAAAUGUAUACAAUACACAUCCUGAAAUCAACACGUACAAACAAGCUGGGGGAACAUCCUGAAAUAAGGUGUCUCCGUUUCACAGUGAGACGAGAGACAUAACAAACAACUCACUGGUUUACAGUGUUAAAAGUCCUUUGCGCCACUUUUUCCGAGCUCUGUGCCCAAAGAUCUCGGGUCUCUGGGCGCGCAGCCUUAGAUCUUCCAUCUGCCAUGACAAACCGACCUCCUGUCCGGACACCGACCUUCGAUUUGCCCGUCCCCAGAGCCAUGAAAUCUUGACCCUCCGGAGGCGAGCUAGGCUCUUAGGCCGAGCCCUUGGCGUGCCGAAUAACGGCCAGUCGUGAAACCCGAGAACAGGUCCCAGUCCCGCAAAGAACUGUAGUCGGCGUGUAACUCCAGAUCAGCGUCUUCAAAAGAACCCUGAAAGAGAAAAAAUGGAAAUAGAGCUGUUAGGCAUCAUUAAUCCUCCUAAGCUCCUCCUCCCUCUCUUGCUAUUAAUGCUGUAACACAUCAAAAAGUUUACUUAAAAAAACUGCAACCCUGCCUCAUAGUUCCUUCGUUGGUCAGAGAUUGAGUUCAAAAGCCUUGAGGUUAUUUUGCAGCCUUUAAAUUUCUAGAUAGAUCACAUUUGGGAGUACUGUGUUGUGGUCAGAUACGGAAGCUUUAGAGAGGGUGAGAUGAGAUUCACCAGGAUGCUACUUGGAUUAAAGAGCAUAUUUUAAGAGAAUAGGUUAAGUAUGUUAGAGCUUUUCUCAGUGGAGCAAAGGAGGAUGGGAGGACAUGCAUAAGAUGAUAAAGAGGCAUAGAUAGUGAACAGCCACAGUCUUUUUCCCAGGGUAACAAUAACAAGAAGACAUAACUUUAAUUGAAUAGAGGGAAGUAUAGGGGAAAUAUCAGAGGUAGAUUUUUUUUUUACUCUAGAGAGUUAAGUGCAUGGAACGCAACUGUUGUGGGUGAUGGUAGAGGCAGGUAAGUAGGGGCAUUUAAGUGACUCUUGGCCAUAUGGAUGAAUGAAAAACGGAGGGCUAUGUGGGAGGGAAGGGUUAGAUUUAUCGUGGAUUAGGUUAAAAUGUUGGCACAUCUGUGCUGUACUGUUCUGUUCUAUAAAAUGGGAGAGGUGGUUGGUCACUGGGCCCUCGAGCCCACCCUCCUAGCCACUGUGAUGUGGCGACUCAACCAUCCUUCUGCCUUCGCAGAUGCUGCCAGACGCAUUAGUUCCUCCAGCAGUUUGGGUUUUUUUAAUGGAAAUCCUUGGCUCGAUGGUAAUGGCAAAACAUUUUGGGAUCUGAUGUUCCAUGUUGUCCUGGAAUAUCUGGUUGGUUGAAUUACUUAUUUAUUGAUUGACUGAGAUACAGCACAGAGUAGGCCCUUCCAGCCCUUCGAGCUGUGCUGCCUAGCAACUCCGGAUUUCACCCCACCCUAAGCACAGGACAAUUUACAACGACCAAUUAACCUAACAACCAGUACGUCUUUGGAACUUGGGAGGAAACCGGAGCUCCUGGAGGAAAUCUGCACAGUCACAGGGAGAAUGACAGGAGUUUAACGCAUUCACUGGUACUGUAAAGCGUUGUUCUAACCACUGUGCCACCCCAAUUUUGAGCUGCUAAAUCUAUUCUAAAUCUACCUGAUGUGUACAAUAAGAGUAAUGUAGACGCCAAUGAAAGUUGCCUUCAAUGUGAGGAUGAGAGAGAAUCCAAAACUUGCUUUGACUGUCUUUCUACUAAUACCACCUUCGACAACUGUAUCAAAUGACUCUGUCAUACAUUCUCCCUUUAGGAUAGCAGCCCAGUUUGUUAAUUUUCCUUCAGUCAAUACUUCUGAUGUUUAAAAUAAAUUUAUUACAGUAUGUGUAUGUCACCUUACGGUCCCUCUAUCCUCCAAGUGCUGUUAAUAAUUGGAGUGGUAAGCCUAACAAAUGUUAGUUGGCAGAUACUUUGUCAAAAGCUUGUUUGCUGAGGUCUUUGAGAGAUCCCUUCCCUGAAAACUGAAGCAGUGUUACUUCAGAAUCUUGCAUUAGAGACCUUGGAACAUAGAAGUUCGAGAAAUUUGAAAGAAGUACAGUUGGCCCUCCUUAUCUGCGGAUUCCGCAUGUGCGAUUUCAACCAACAGCAGAUCGGGAAAACCCAGAAGUUCUCUCUCCAGCACUCAUAGUUUGAGCAUGUACAGACUAUUAUUUCUUGUCGUUACUCCCUAAACAAUACAGUGUAGCAACUAUUUACAUAGGAUUCACAUUGUAUUAGGUAUUAUAAGUAAUCUAGAGAUUAUUUUAAAGUACAGGCAGUCCCUGGGUUAUGAAUGAGUUCCAUUCCCGAGUCCAUCUUUAAGUCAGAAUUGAAGUCGGAACAGGUACAUCUGGUCUUAUUUAGCGUCAGUUAGUCAAAUGUUUUUCUUAGUAUAUAUUUUACCUUUCUAUGCAUAUAAAACUUAAGAAACAUAUGUAUUUCAAUAAUUAAACCACUGCAUUGCUUAGUAAUAAUUGUAGUUUUCAUCACACAGAACAACAGCAAAGCAAAUCUCUCACCUCCCUCUCACCCACGUAGCCGUGCAUACACACAGACAAUCCUCUAACUCCAGGACAGCCCAUCUCUGGACCUCCAGCCACCAAUAGACUCCCAGACACUGGACCUUUAACUUUGCUAAUGGAUUCGCAUAUCCAAGGCUUUGGCCGCCAGGGCUCAUCUUCCAAACUUCAAUUGACCUUCAGGCUUCGAUCUUCUGUACCCACCCCAGGACUCGCCAAUUUUGACUACUGAAGGACUCCAAGCACCAGGCCUCAAACUCUGGACUUGAGCCAAUAAAUCUCGCAGAUUUCUACAGAUGUACCGUGGAGAGCAUUCCAAUUGCCUACAUCACCGCCUGGUAUGGAAGGGAGGAGUGCUAAUCCACAGGAUCAAAGUGUUCCCCAACUAAAAGCAGCAGAUUUGGGCAAGGCCGAACAUUUUCAGCUGCGCGGGCAUGAACUUUUGUAUGAACAGCGGGAUAUCAUAUCCUGUGAUGCAUGUGACAGCAUUGCGCAACAUCUCAGACAGGCUCAGAAGAGUGGUUCAGAAGUGAAGACACUGCUGGAGAAAGGUUGCAACUCCUUGUCUGGAACCCAACGUUCUCUGUGUGAAAACUUCGUUCAAUCUUACAAGAAAGAGCUUAGCAAAUUGCUUCAAAAGUCCCAGGAGGAAAAGGACAUUUGUCGGGAACUGGACCUCUGUGUAAGGAAACAGACUGAACGACUGCUUGGAGAGAAUGAAUGUACUUGGGGACCAGCACAGUGGUGUAAGGACCGAAAAACAGCUGACAAGUGUCAUGCUGUUGAUUACUGUAAGAAACACCGCUGGAAACAGGGCUAAUUUCAUAUCACUGGUGGAAGGCAACAGAAAUUGAAUACUUAAAAAAAUGCAAAGGCUCUUCCUUUAGUACCAGUUAAAUGAUGAUUCUGCUUGUGUGUUUGCAUGUUUCCUUUAAGCAAUUUUGUGUUGCUGUAGCUUGUGCAUUCAAUGCAAUCUCUUUUAUUGUGAGAUGUUACAGAGACGAGAUUAUUGGUAAUCCUUUACUUCCAGCGAAUCAACAUUGCCAGAUGCUAUAUACGCAGAGUUUCAAUGACAAAUAUUGAUUGGGGUUUUGAUUUCAUCAACUGUAAAAAUUCAGCAGACUAAAGUGCUUUAAAAUCAUGUUCUGUUUCUUAAAUAAGCUUUUAGAGUUGUGGUUCAUUCUCGUACCCUUCAAUAUCUGGCUGCUGAACCUGCCUCAAGUAGUCAGUCAUACAAGGCUCAACACUUCCCUGCUGUAGAAGGCAUCAUAAACAAAUCAACUUGAGAACACAGCCUUUCCUACCCAAACAAAACAUGACACCACAGCAGAUAUAUCAACACAGCCCUGUGGUCAGCCCUUCCAUCAUUUGAGGUUCCUAUAUGCAAACAUUUUCCUCAAAGUGGAGUCCAGUGACCCAGAGGGACAAAAUUGGUACUCUGGAAGAUCACAAUGGUAAUCCAUGUGUGGAGCCAAAACAGA